AUGGUACCCCCUUAUGUGAAGCAGACAUGGACGGUGCUAGGUGUACUAAUCAACAUGCUAGGACAAGGCAUGCUACUAAGUUACUCUUCUAGCCUGAUCCCCGCCCUCCAGGCACCCGACUCCGAUAUUCCUAUUGACAUUCACAUGUCAUCGUGGAUUGCAUCAUGCAUCGGUAUUGCUGGUUUUCCUGGCUUCCUCGUAUCAAGCUUACUCAUGGAUUUAAAAGGGAGAAAAAUGGCGCACGCGAUCGUCAUGAUACCUGGUACUAUCGGAUGGUUGCUGAUAUAUUUCGCAUCGGAUGUAAGAACUAUAAUAAUUGGAAGAUUACUGGGUGGCCUCACAGCUAGUGCCACUGUUUGUUUGGGGGCUGUGGUUAUCGGCGAAUUUAGCAGCCCAACUAAUAGAGGAGUGUUUCUCAAUAUGAAGACGGUCGCCGUUUGCCUUGGGAAUACGAUAAUUCACAUUCUGGGAUACUUUUUGCACUGGAGAACUAUUGCACUGCUAGGUGUCGUGCCGCUUGCCAUCGCGCUCUCUAUCGUUAUGACCUGGCCAGAGAGCCCCGCGUGGUUGGCGUCGAAGAAACGGUUUGAAGAAAGCGAAAAAUCUUUUCUGUGGUUGAGAGGUGACAGUGAAACGUCUCGGCGAGAAUUUGACGAGUUGAUCCGUGCGCAGAAGGAAAGAAUGUCGGAAAUUCCACUGAAUUUAACAAUGAAGACGAGGAUCACUGGAUUCUUUAAGAAGUUCACUCGACGCGAUUUUAUUAAACCACUUAUUAUAAUCAUAUUCAGUGCGACGUUGUUAGAAACGUGCGGCAGACAUAUCUUCCCUGCGUAUGCGCUACAAAUUAUUGCAGAGGUCACUGGAAAUAAAUUAAAUUCGUUUUACUAUACUUUAUCAAUUGACAUAAUUAUAACCGCGAGCGCUAUGUUAUCUUCAAUUCUAGUCAAAUUAUUAAAACGUAGGACCUUGUUGUUUGCUACAGCGUUCCCUGCGAUAAUUGUUUUGUUUUGUGCUUGUUUAUAUUUAUUCUUAGCUGCUCAAGGAGUCAUUUCAACAACACGGACGUGGAUACCAAUAAUGUUGUUUGUUAUGUACUUCAUCCUUGCUAAUUUAGGUUGUACGCCCAUACCAUUGGCGUUGUUAGGUGAGGUGUUCCCUCUAGCUCAUAGAGGAUCAGGUUCUUUGAUGUCUGGUUUUGCGUUAUCCUUAUUGUUGAUGUUUGCUCUGCAAGUUACUCCAUAUUUGUUGGUCAGUGUUAAAGUUUAUGGCACGUUUGCGUUCUUCGGGACACUUAUGGGGAUAUCGUUGAUAGUUCUUCAUUUCAUUUUGCCUGAAACAAAGGAUAAGACGCUUCAAGAAAUCGAAGAUUACUUCAACAAUGGUAAAUUCAAAGAGAAUUUGAAUGAUGAUGAGGCUGGAAAGAAGAUGCUUAAUAACGAAAAAGUGUAUAAGGUAUAA